GGGGAGGGGAGCGGAGAGGAGGCGGAUGAUGUCAUGGAUGCUUCGCCCGGCCUGGGGGGAGGUGGCGGCCAGAGGGGGUGCGGCUCGGAUUAUGUCACCUCUUCCCUCUGCGCCCCGCCCCCCGGGGCCACACGCGUUGGUGGGGAGCCUGGGGAGGUGCGGGCGGGGUUUCCCCCAUCGCAGGGACUCCCAGGUCCUGUGGCCUGUGGCUGGGGUCUCUAUCAGUUGGCUCUGCGGGCCGUGGGCUGCUGGUGAAUGGCGACCCCCCCCCCCACCCCCAGCAGAAGCUCGUGUGUGCGCGCGUGUGUGUGCUCGGGGUGGAGGGGGCGCUCUCGGCCCCCUCAGUCCUGAAACACUGGCUUCAUCAGAGCCAGUAGCUAGGUGAUGGGCCCAUUCCGCCGCCAGUGCUUAGGCCACUGAGAGAAGACGGAUCUCCCCUCACUCAUCCCAACCAAGAAGUUCUGGAUAUCUCUGCACCCCAAAAGCCCUGCAGUGCCCCCAGAUCCCUUUCCUCCCUCAGUCCUGCUUCCUGGAAACCCCUCCUGCUCUCCCUGCCCGGAUUCACUGCCUCUUUGCAUUGCCCAUAACUAGCAUUCCCACAGGCAUUUGCCCUGCAUUUCCUUGGUGCAGGGCCCAGAGACCCCCAGGACUCUGCCCUCUGUGCCCCUGGGAAACCUAUAGGCCAGCCCUGGGGAGAGUGAAAUCUCCCUGGGGUGUCCUCAGCCAAGUGCUCCAAGAUGCCCCCUCUGGGGGGUGGAGAUCAGGGAUGCUGUCCUGAGGCCAGCCUUUGAACUGGUCUAGAAGCAUGUAGGAUGGGCACAGAGAGCUGGCAAGAGCUUGUGUGUGAACUAGAGAGGGGCUCAGGUCAGGGUAGAUAGAGGAGGGGCAUCAGGAGAGUCCUUGGGGACCCUGCUGCAAGCUCUGCUCUGGUUCUGGGGACCAAGAGGAAUACCAGGCAUUUCACCCAUCAUACAUUUACUUCUUAAAAUGCCUGCAAUGUAGGUGUGAGAACCCGAGGUGAAAUAACCUGCAUGAGGUUGCACCCCUAAUCAGUCAAGCUGGGAUUUACACUUGGAGCUGAUGCUGCCAGAACUCUGUCUACUGCACUUGGUCUUGCUCAUGGAAGGAUUUGGACAGAGCAGGGGCAAGAUCAGCUUUGCCCUUUAGAAGGAGUCCCCUGGCAGCUGCCUGGGGGAGGGAGUGCAGGAGAAGAAAGUCCAUUGAGGAGCCCCCAGCAGGGGUGCUGGAUGGAGGGGCUGGCUAGAGAUUUUUAGGAGAUAGAAUGGGCUGGGGUUGGGGCCUCUGAGACCCCAAGUGUUCCUAGCUUUGGGAGAGACACAGGUUGAGGGGUGGGUUGGAAGUACCUGUACGUGUAACUGUCAGGUAGAGUCCAUUUGGCCCCCUCAUGACGCUAAUACUGUGUAUAAUGCCCCAGGCACUGAGGGCUGAGGUGACAGAGAUCGAGGCAGUCAGGCAACAGGCUGUCAUCUCAGGGUGGUGCACUGAUGCCAGGAGGCUGCCUUUGCAGACCAUGCUCAGUUACCUGGACUAGUUCAGGACCCUGACCUUUCCUCUCAGUUCAGUUCCUGCUUAUCAGGGAAACAUCCCCUUCCUUGUCCUGCCGGUGUCCUGCUGGGAUUUUUUUUUUUUUUUUUUUGAGGGGGUAUCUCACUCUGUUGCCCAGGCUGCUGGAGUGCAGUGGCGCAAUAUCACUGCAACCUCCACCUCCUGGGUUCAAGCGAUUCUCAUGCCUCAGCCUCCCGAGUAGCUGGGAUUACAGACACGCACCACGACGCCCGGCUAUCUGCUGGGAUUUUGUGGAAAGAAGCUGCAGCAGCCAAAGCUUGGGAGAGACAAGGGGCAGGGCAUGCUUGCAAGGGGUUAACCAUGACAGGUUACAAUUACGACAAGAAGCUCUUUAGGCAGUGAGGCUCCAGAGAGAGCUUCUGUGGGUUGAUAGUCAAGCAUUCCCCAGGUGGAGCACGGAGAAAGGAGGCUCAGGACAAUGGUCCUGGGACCUUGUUUCCAUCCACGACUCGAGGCAUCUGAGACUUGCUAGGGACUACACACACUCUAGAGAAACAGUAGGGCAGAGUGGCCUAUGACCAGCCCCAACCUAUGCUCAGGUUGUCCUUUCCCGGAUCUCAGAGAAGGUGUACUACAUGUUUGUAUUGCCCCUUAUAGUUUACAAAGCACCUUCCCAAACAUUAUACUGUCACUCAAGGUCAACAUGAUCACUGUUGAGGUUUAUUCCUGCCCAGAUCCAGGUAUCUGGUGCAGUCACCUUGCUAUCCCCUUGCCUAGAUCUUUCAUCUCACUAUUGGCAACUUCCCUCAGCAUAUUAACACACAGGUUUCUACCAUGGUUAAUUUUAAAAUUAAAAAAGCCCUUGAAUCUCAAACCUCCUUAAAUAACUGUCUUCUCUUUUAGCAGGAACUCUGCCAUGUCUUUCUCUGCACUCCUCUAGCCUUGUGGACUGCCUUUGUUUUGUACCACUUUUUUAGUUCUGUUUUGUUUAUUUGUUUGAGAGGGAGUCUUGCUCUGUCACCUAUGCUGGAGUGCAGUGGUGCGAUCUUGGCUCACUGCAACCUCCACCUCCUGGGUUCAAGCCAUUCUCCCGCCUCAGCCUCCUGAGUAGCUGGGAUUACAGGCAUGCACCACCACACCCAGCUAAUUUUUUUGUAUUUUUAGUAGAGGCAGGGUUUUGCCCUGUUGGUCAGGCUGGUCUCGAACUCCUGACCUUAGGGGAUCCACCUGUCUUGGACCUCCCUAAGUGCUAGGAUUACAAGCAUAAGCCACUGCGCCAACCUGUUUUUUUGUUUUUUGUUUUUUUUUUUUUUGAUGUAGUCUCGCUCUGUCUUCCAGGCUGGAGUGCAGUGGCAUGAUCUCGGCUCACUGCAACUUCUGCCUCCCGGGUUCCAGUGAUUCUCCCACCUCAGCCUCCUGAGUAGCGGGAUUACAGGCGUGCACCACCACGCCCAGCUAAUUUUUUGUAUUUUUAGUAGAGACGGGGUUUCACCACGUUGGCCAGGCUGGUCUCGAACUCCUGACCUCAAGUGAUUUGCCUGCCUUGGCCUCCCAAAGUGCUGGCAUUACAGGUGUGAGCCACCGCAUCCGGCACUUGUACCACUUUUCUGAAACCAUUCUGACAUAGACAUUGGUGAUGUCUCGAGACCUGCUCCUAAAUCUGCAGCACACUCUCCAACCCCAAUGUUACCUGGCCCUGUUAUUUUUAACACUGGAAACUGUCCCCACAUUCUUGAAUCCCCCCAAUCUUGGCCUUCAGGGCCCACCUUCUCCUGGCCUUCUUCCUGCUCCCAGAGUGCCUUCCAGACUUCUGGGGCUUUGCUCCCUGGCUCAAUGCUGGCCUACACCCCCAGCACCCUUGAAAACUGAUGAUCUCAAUCUCUCUCUAUCUAGUGCUUUUUUUUUUUUUUUUUUUUUUUUUUUUAAGGAAAGAGUCUCGCUCUGUCACCCAGGCUGGAGUGCAGUGGUGCAAUCACAGCUCACUGCAACCUCUGCCUCCUGGGUUCAAGGGGGUUCUCGUGCCUCAGCCUCCCAAGUAGCUGGGAUUACAGGAAUGCAUACCACACCCAGCUAAUUUUUGUAUUUUUAGUAGAGAUGGGGUUCCACCAAUUUGGCCAGGAUGGUCUUGAACUCUUGGCCUCAAGUAAUCUGCCCACCUUGACCUCCCAAAGUGCUGGGAUUACAGGCAUGAGCCACCUUGCUUGGCCUCCAUUUAGUGCUUGAGAGGCAUCUUCCUCUGGUGUUUCCCAAAGCAACUAUUUUCCCCAAGCAGUCUCCCCCUAUCAUGUUAACAGUGUCACACCCACGCUGGUGCCCAGUCCAGCGUUAUCCCUUGUCUCCACCACCUGACCUCAUCUGUAUGAAAUUUUGCCAGCUCUUUCCCAAACCCUGCCCAGGCCUUCCUACUGGUUCCAAGCCUCAGGCCUUUCAGGCUUCAUCCUCCCAGUCCCCAGCUGCUCCCCACAUUGCACCCAGAGAUGGCAAGAGAAGGGUCCAUGCUUAAGGUAGGAGGGGGUUGCAGGGCUGAGGCAUAGGGGGCUGGAGUAUGCUGGGGAGUAGAGGCAGAGCAGGGACUAGAGUGAGGCCAGAGAGGGACCCAAGGCACAAAGGGAAGGAGGCUGUCACCCUCAGGGCUGUGUACUUGCUGUUUGUGCCCUUCAUUUGUGCCCUAUGUGGCUCUCUGUCCUCAUCCUAGUCCUGGCCCUUGCUUAUGGGGACAGACGGGUCCAAGGGAGGAGGGUGGCGAAGUGCUCUUCUCCACACCUGUGGGGACAGAUGCUGAGAAUGGAAUUCUACAGAGACAGUGGACAGGCUUGGUAGUGAACUUUCCAACAACCUAGAGCUCUCAUUCCUGGUGUGGCGGCCAGAAGACUCCCGAAGGACAACAGUUUUGUCAGGUUCCCUUGGUCUGGGCCAGGGACUCAGCAUUAGAACUGGGCAUCUGGGUAGAAGACGGUCUGUGGGGCCAUAGGGUGCCACGUGGGCCCCUUAACUUGAUAGGGAAGGAGGGCUCCCUGCCUGGUUUAUGCAGGGUGUAGUGGGAAAAGGCCUGAAGGGCGCCCUCUCCCAUUUCCCACACACUUAUUUGAGGGUCUAACCCGAGGCAGACACUGCCUGGUGCUCCUGCCCGGCUGCAUUAUGCAGAUCUCUGGGGCAGGUGUUCCCAGGUGCGAACUUGAGACAAAGGAACGAGGAAGCACGGCCUCCCUGAGCACAGGUAACCCGAGGCCUGGCUCCCCCUGCGCUUGUGGGCCAGCCUUGGGGGAGGGGGACGCGCACCCACAGAAGGACUCAGAGGGCUUCACGGUAAGCUGAGCAGGGUCAAGGUCCACAGGGAGCGGGAGAGGGUAGUAAUCCAGGAAGUCUUCCUGGUGGCAGUGAAUUCUUUGCGGGGUUCGGCAGGCGCAGGAUCCUUGGGGCCGCUGCAGGGUGCGCGGCCCCUCCCCUCCCCUCCCCCCUCCCACCUGUGGGAAACGCAGGCCCUGAGAGAGGCUCCGUCAGCGCCAGCAGCUGGCGCCACUGCGUCCCCUGCCCCGGCCUCAGCCAGCCCUGGGACCUCUGCGGAGGACUGAUCCCGGGAAGGGGGCCCUGUCUUCCCAGGGCCCCGGUGCGGCCGAGCUGGGAAGACCUUGGGGAGGGCAGGCCUGCCACCUACUGCAGCCGCGGCCCCCGUCCGUCCGCGAGGGACAGGGUGUGCCCUUGGCGGCGCCCACCCGCGACCCAGAUGUGCGUCGCCUACCCACCCUCCCCAAGACCCCCGUUUCCUCAGGCGCUCGCCGCCUCGGGGCGCCUGGCACGCGGCAGCCCCGCAAGUGCCCCCCUGGCUUAGUCAUGGCGAAGCUGGAGACGCUGCCUGUGCGCGCUGACCCAGGGCGGGAUCCUCUCCUGGCCUUUGCUCCACGGCCCUCCGAGCUUGGACCCCCGGACCCCCGCCUGGCCAUGGGCAGCGUGGGCAGUGGGGUGGCCCAUGCCCAGGAGUUUGCCAUGAAGAGUGUGGGUACCCGCACAGGGGGUGGGGGCAGCCAGGGCAGUUUCCCUGGCCCCCGAGGCAGUGGCAGUGGGGCCAGCAGGGAGAGGCCGGGCCGCUACCCCUCAGAGGACAAGGGUCUCGCCAACUCCCUCUACCUCAAUGGUGAGCUGCGGGGCAGUGACCACACCGAUGUCUGUGGCAACGUGGUUGGCAGCAGCGGAGGCAGCAGCAGCAGUGGUGGCAGUGACAAAGCCCCACCACAGUAUCGUGAACCCAGCCACCCACCCAAGCUCCUGGCCACCUCUGGCAAGCUAGACCAGUGCUCAGAACCACUAGUUCGGCCGUCGGCCUUCAAGCCUGUCGUACCCAAGAAUUUCCACUCCAUGCAGAAUUUGUGCCCCCCGCAAACCAAUGGGACUCCUGAGGGACGGCAGGGCCCUGGUGGCCUCAAAGGCGGACUGGACAAGUCUCGGACCAUGACUCCAGCGGGUGGGAGUGGGAGUGGCCUCUCAGACUCAGGCCGGAACUCCCUCACAAGCCUGCCCACCUACAGCUCCAGCUACAGCCAGCACCUGGCACCCCUCAGUGCCUCCACCAGCCACAUUAACCGCAUUGGCACUGCCAGCUAUGGUAGUGGUAGUGGCGGCAGCAGCGGUGGGGGGUCAGGCUACCAGGACCUGGGGACCUCCGAUAGUGGACGGGCCUCCAGCAAGAGUGGGUCGUCAUCAUCUAUGGGGCGGCCAGGCCACCUGGGCUCUGGGGAGGGCGGAGGUGGAGGCCUGCCUUUCGCGGCCUGCUCACCGCCCUCCCCCAGUGCACUCAUCCAGGAGCUGGAGGAGCGGCUGUGGGAGAAGGAGCAGGAGGUGGCAGCUCUGCGGCGCAGCCUGGAGCAGAGCGAGGCGGCUGUGGCCCAGGUACUGGAGGAGCGGCAGAAGGCGUGGGAGCGGGAGCUGGCCGAGCUGCGGCAGGGCUGCAGCGGGAAGCUACAGCAGGUGGCCCGACGUGCCCAGCGCGCCCAGCAGGGCCUACAGCUGCAGGUGUUGCGGCUGCAACAGGACAAGAAGCAGCUGCAGGAGGAGGCGGCCCGGCUGAUGCGGCAGCGGGAAGAGCUGGAGGACAAGGUGGCCGCCUGCCAGAAGGAGCAGGCCGACUUCCUGCCCCGGAUAGAGGAAACUAAGUGGGAGGUGUGCCAGAAGGCUGGCGAGAUCUCCCUCCUGAAGCAGCAGCUGAAGGACUCGCAGGCGGAUGUGUCGCAGAAGUUGAGUGAGAUCGUGGGACUGCGCUCGCAGCUGCGGGAGGGCCGGGCUUCGCUGCGGGAGAAGGAGGAGCAGCUGCUCAGCCUGCGGGACUCCUUCAGCAGCAAGCAGGCCAGCCUGGAGCUGGGCGAAGGCGAGCUGCCUGCCGCCUGCCUCAAGCCGGCGCUGACCCCCGUGGACCCGGCCGAGCCACAGGAUGCUCUGGCCACCUGCGAGAGCGACGAGGCUAAGAUGCGCCGUCAGGCCGGGGUGGCCGCUGCCGCCUCCUUGGUUUCCGUGGACGGGGAGGCGGAGGCUGGCGGGGAGAGCGGGACGCGGGCCCUGCGGCGGGAGGUGGGGCGGCUGCAGGCCGAGCUGGCGGCUGAGCGGCGGGCCCGGGAGCGCCAGGGUGCCAGCUUCGCCGAGGAGCGCCGCGUGUGGCUGGAGGAGAAGGAGAAGGUGAUCGAGUACCAGAAGCAGCUGCAGCUGAGCUACGUGGAGAUGUACCAGCGCAACCAGCAGCUGGAGCGCAGGCUGCGGGAGCGCGGGGCCGCAGGGGGUGCAAGCACGCCCACUCCCCAGCAUGGCGAGGAGAAGAAGGCCUGGACCCCCUCCCGCCUCGAGCGCAUUGAGUCCACAGAAAUCUGAUCGACCUGGGCACUCGGCAUUUUGACACAUGUCCUGUCAAAAGGCCAGAGUCCCCAGUGUCCCCUCCCCUCCAUCUCUCUUCCCCAUAGACCCCAUAACCCCAGACCAAAGAGGUUCUCUAAGCAGCUGUGACCAGGUUCCUCCCUCCCCACCUGCCCUCCUAGCUCCAGCACUGCCCCCGUGGCAGCCCACUUGGACCCCCCUAAAAGGAGGGAAUAGGAGGAGGGCAGGGUGAGUGGGGGCAGUCCUAGGUGGUGGGGGAGUCAUGCUCCCUUUCUCGGCACCCCCUUGUUGGAGAUGGAGGCAGCAGACGUGCAGUGCCAUAAGGUGCCCCAGUCCUUCUGGAGGCCUGGGCUGCUACUGUUGGCCACCCUGUGUCUAGUGAUGCUCUCUGUGCUCACCUCCUAGGCCAUGGAGCCUGAGGGGGCCUGCACCGGGUUUGCUGAAACUGACAGAGCCUGGGCUCCAGACCUCUCUCCCUCCUACAGUGCUCUCCCUCCCUGGGCAGAUUGGCAGGACAAGUGGGAGCAGAUGGCCUGCCUUUGGCUGAGAGGGCUACCUGCCCAGCCCCUCCCCCAACAAGAUCUCUUGGGCUCAGGCCUCAGAGCCUGGCCUGGUUGUGAGUGUGUGUCCCUGUGUGUGUGUUGCGGGAGGGGAGGACUGGGGCUGGAAGUCCAGCACCCAGGGAAGAUCUGUCCUCCUGUUCUUGGGAAGCGUUGCCUGACGGCUUCUCGGCUCUCCCCUCACCCUUCUGGCCAGGAUCCCGCAGGGCAACAGCCCCAUCUGCUUGGCUGACCCCACACCCAGGGCCACUGUCCGGCUCUAACACAGCUAUUAAGUGCUACCUGCCUCUCAGGCACUCUCCUCGCCCAGUUUCUGAGGUCAGACGAGUGUCUGCGAUGUCUUCCCGCACUCUAUUCCCCCAGCCUCUUUCUGCUUUCAUGCUCAGCACAUCAUCUUCCUAGGCAGUCUCUUCCCCAAAGUCUCACCUUUUCUUCCAAUAGAAAAUUCCGCUUGACCUUUGGUGCACUGCCCACUUCCCAGCUCCACUGGCCCAAGUCUGAGCCGGAGGCCCUUGUUUUGGGGGCGGGGGGGGAGAGUUGGAUGUGAUUGCCCUUGAAGAACAAGGCUGACCUGAGAGGUUCCUGGCGCCCUGAGGUGGCUCAGCACCUGCCCAGGGUAGGCCUGGCAUGAGGGGUUAGGUCAGCCAACGUCAGCUACUUCUCUUGGGGCCCUCUCAGAGUCUAUCUCCCCAAGACAGGAAGGGAAAAGCAAAUUUCUAAUUCACCAGCAAUAAAAAUUGGAGGAGGCUUGGCCCUCAGCCCUUGUAUUUCUCUUUUUCACUCUCUCUUCCUCCCACCCCCAAGACUGAGUUUUGGGGGGCAAGGUGGAGAGAGCUGGCAACUACUGUGAGCAAGUCCCCUAGCCCCUGACCAGCCUCCUCCCAUGACUGGUGACUGUUUAAUGAGCUGUGCAUCCCCCACAAAAACAUGAGUGCCCCUCUGUGUGGCCUCUAACCCUCUGCACAGCCCUUCUGGGUGGUCCUCACCAGGUCUCUGAGCUGGGUGGGAGGCCAUCCUGGCAACCACUGCCCAUUCCAUUCACCCCUCACUGUACCUGCCCUAGAACCUGGGCCUAGGCCACAGGGGCAGGGAGAAGAGAAGGCAUUAGUAAGAAAAAAAUAGAAAAAAAUAUGAACAGACUCAGCUUUGGGAUGUCCAACCACAAAAGAAAUUAUAUAUAAAUAUAUAUAAAUAUAUAUCUCUACCAUAUGUGAUGGAAAGACUUUUUGUUUUCCUUUCCCAAAGAAAUAAAAUGGAAAAAGCCUCUUGAGUGGUA